AUGAUGUUUACGGGAGGAACGCAGCGGUUUCUUCGCCGUGUCUCGGUGCCUCAACAUGGAAUUCAGGCUGAUUUCGUUGACCUUACUAACUUAGAGCUAUUAGAACAAGCAUUUAGGCCAAACACGAAGUUGAUCUGGUUCGAGACUCCAUCCAACCCACUUCUGAAAGUGGUCGAUGUAGCUGCUGUAGUUCAUUGUGUCAAGAAAGUCAAUCCUAAUAUUUUAGUCGUCGUCGAUAACACAUUCAUGAGCCCAUUCUUCCAGCGACCCCUCACAAUGGGUGCUGAUAUCGUUGUACAUUCCAUAACUAAGUACAUAAAUGGCCACUCGGAUGUUGUUAUGGGAGCUGUUAUCACUGAUAAUGAUGACAUUCAACAGCAUCUAUUCUUCCAACAGCUUGCGGUUGGCGCUAUUCCUUCACCCUUCGAUUGCUUCCUUGUCAAUCGAGGAUUGAAAACGCUGCAUUUGAGAAUGAAAGCUCAUUAUGCAAAUGCGUUGGCAAUUGCUCAGUACCUGGAGAGCAAUGAACGAGUGGAAAGUGUUGUACCCUGCCUUACCAUCGCACCCUCAACACAAGAUUCAUUUGAGUCAAACAAAAGGAAUGUCUGGUAUGAUAUCAUUCUACCUGAAAGGCGGACUGGAGGAAAGUCGGAUAUUCCUGAGCACGCUCAAGGUAGUGAAGUCUUUCAUCUUUUGGGUUUAGUACAAUUUUAUUUGUGCGUCCUUAAGAUUUUCACCUUGGCUGAAUCUCUUGGUGGAUAUGAAUCGCUGGCUGAGUUGCCGUCCAUAAUGACGCAUGCCUCGGUCCCUCCAGAGGUAAAAUUAUGA